AUGUUAGAUAAUAAUACAUGGCCACGUACAAACUCGCAAUCAAUAACAAACAACAGUAUAAAGUCCAGCACUUCAAUUACUUCAAUGCUGAUAAAGAUGGACCAAGAUUUUAAAAAUGAAAUCCAUUCCAUUAAAAAAUUCAUUUUGAAAACACUAGAUGAAAAAAUUAAUAUUAACUCAAGCAAUAUUCAAUUACAUCAAGUUAGCUUGUGUACAAUUAACUCAACAAUCACAAAAAUCUCACAAAAUGUAGUACUCCCAUUGAUAAACCUUAUUCCAAAUUCGAAGCGGGAAAUGAAACAACAAAUAUCUUCUGCUCUUCAAGAACUGGAAGCUCCGUUUCGUAUACAUGCAGAUCAUAUGCGAAUGAAUUUUAACAUUGGUUACAACAAACAAGAAUCCAAUAAUAUUACUUCAGCAGUACCUUUUACUAACAAUAUUAAUCGGAACCAACCAUCAUCGUUAUCACCAUCAAAUGAUACACCAACCUUAAUAGAAGAUUCGGACCGGAUGGUAGAUGAUAAUUAG